GGGCAGCAUCGUGUGUGUGAGACUCGGAAUUGCGCGCACGGAUCGGGGGUCGCGCGCUACGCCCCUUGCGCGACCGCGGGCUAUCCCCGCCCCCUCCAUCUUCCUCGCAGCGCCGCUCAGGCUCGGUCCCUCAGCGACGGAGGGACAGUCCCAGGCUCGGCGGCGGCGUCGGCGGCUCCCCCUCCCGCCUCUCGCCAGUCGCCUCGCGCCCUCGCCUCCGUCCUGCGCGCACCGGCCGUCGACCCUGCGUGUAGUAAGAUGGAUAUCCUUUAUCAGUGUAAGGAGGUUUUGAAGAUCCAGAAGUUUCGGCGUAUGGUGUCGUAUGCUGGAUUCUACUGCUUCACUGCCCUCAUUACUUAUGCUUACACAAGCAAUACGACAAGGGCUGGGAUCUCAAGGGCUGACCAGUAUUAUGCUUCCUACCCUGCUGGUACUGAGCUACUGACUGACACUGCAAAGCUUUACAAGGCUGCAUUAGGCAAUUGUUUUGAAAUAGACGAAUGGGGCCCAAUAGAGUUCUCCAUCAUGGCGAAGCAUUUUGACCGGCAAGGGAAACCACCAUAUGCCUACCAUGCACAAUAUCUGGCGCACCUCCUCUCCCAUGGGCAGCUCGACGGAAGCGGUUAAAUGCAGGAUGUGUUGUUCAUAGCAUGCAUCAAUGCGAUUAGAAUGCCACUAGAUCUUGUACAAAAAUGUUGCCUUGCUAGAACACUGAGGCCAGACUGUAUCAGACUAGAGAUUGCAGAACUGGCAUCAGAAACAGGUUCUGAAUUUUCGGCCAUCAGCUGGUACGAUAUCGGUGCCGAAUUUGUAGGUUCGCGCAACAAUUUCUGAAAAAACAUGACAUUGUCCUGUUGGAGCAUUUACGGUGUCCUUUUAUUGUUGAAUAAUAAAACUCUGAAUGUUAGGGCAUGCAUUAAUUCGUC